AUGGCUGAAACUCGAAUCAUUCCCAGCGGAAAAGUUUACAGACAGAUGUUUGAUGCCCAGGAGAGCGAGGAGCAGAGCGUGGAGGAGGAGGUCAGAGGACUGCCAGACACCAUCAUGGCAGAGAAGUUGGGCUCUGACAUCAUUGAGCGCAUGAUGGAGAAGAAAGAGAGGAGUCACACAGAGGCAGUGGCACAGCUGCACCAGGAGCUUGUCAUGCUCAGUGCGGAGUAUGAGUCAUUCCUGACAGAGAAGGGAGAAGACUUCCUGUCUAAACUGUCAACAUCCUAUGAGAACGCAGAGAGGCUACUGCAGAGAUUGGACAAUGUCUCCGAUCUGGAGACGUUCACCCUUCAGGGUCUGCAUGAGCUGUGGGAAUCAGUGAAGCAGGAGUCUGAGGAGAGGAGGAAGUGGAUCCGGGAGCUGGACGAAACGCUGGCCCAGCGCGAGGCCGAGAGGACAGCCAGGAUUGCAGCAAUGCUGAAAAAAUACACAGGAACACUGGAGAAAAUUGCCUUCAUCGCGAUUGCAGACGUGCAUAGGCUGAUCCACAGUGAAGCCAUGAUGAUAAACCAGGCAAUGCUGGCCAACCGCCGUGCCUUGGCCAGACUUUUCCUGAACUUGAUGGAGAAGGACCUGCAGGGGGCGCUAUCUCACAGGCAUCACUGGGAGGACAAGCUGCAGGACUGGAAGGCCAUCCGAGUCCAUGCAUCGGUCAACCGGUUCAAGGAGUUUAUGAGCAGCCCCCCGAUUCGGAGCCCCGAGGGGGUGCAGGCCACGCUGGACGCCAUGAGGGCCGGGCAGGAGUCACUGAGUGAGAGGCGGAGCCAGGCACUGCGGUCACUCAGUUGCAUCACCCCUCCGAAGUGCUCAAAGGCCCAGGCUGCUGAGUGGUACUCCACCCUCUGUGCUGUCAAUGACCAGAUAGAUUCUCUGCAUGUUGGCUCUAUCACCAAACUGCGCCUGCACUAUGAAGAAACCUGGCAGGAGUGUUUAGCGGAGGUCGAAAGGUUUAAGGAUGAAGUGGCUGCGUAUGGGAUUCCCGCUGACGAGAUCCAGAACGUUGUCAGUAACGAGCUCCUGCCUCUGAUUGGACAAUGCCAGAGCCAAUCAGAUGAACAGCUAGAAGCCAUGGAUAGGGCGUUUGAGGCUUUGGCCAGGCAGGCCGGUGCGCUCAGCAAAGCGCUGCUGAGGUUUGCCCGGGGGGCGGGGCACCUGUGGGAGGUGCACGGCGCGGGGCUGCAGAGGAGGGAACAGCAGCUGCAGGCCCAGCUGGAGGAGGUGCGCCACACCCACGAGCAGGAAAACCAGAGGAAAGAGGCGGAGUUGGACAUCAUGCUAGACAGACUGAGGCAGGAGAGCUCAGAGGAAGCCCUCCGAAUCUCUCUGGACAAGACUCUCCGCUUCCUGGAGGAAAUCAAGGCUGGGUAUAUUAACCUCCACAAAGAUGAGGUGAAUGUAGUGGAGGGUUACCCUGCCAUGGUCCUGAAGGAGAUACAGGCUUACAGCACGGCCGUCAGUCGCUUCUUCAAAGUCAAGGAGAUAUACAGUCAGGAUGCUCAAGAACUCCGCAGACUUUGCCCGUUCCUUAACUUUGAUUCCAGCGGGAGGGUUAGAGAGAAGCAGAACCGACAGACUCGCAGAGCUGAAGACCUGUCAGACUUGUCUGCUGAUCUGUUCCUCACCGAGGGCAAUGAUGGCUCCCAUCAAGAGACUUCCGAUUCCCAGGAAAGUGAGACGUUCACGACCUCCGGGGGGAACGUGUACAGCGCGCUGAGUUUUGGGGAGCAGUGGGCAGAGGAUGGGGAGCAGGGACCCGCCGUGUCAGUGGUGGAGCUGGUGGUGUUCCCGAAAAGUCUCCUGGCUGAACUUCAGAGAGAAGUGCGGGUGGCAUUCUUCAGUCACUUAGAGGACUGGUAUCAGACGGCACUGACCAACGGCACGGGCGUCGUGGAGGCCAAGAAGGAGGAGCUGAAAUGUGGGCUGGAUCUUCGGCUGCAGCUACAGCAGUCCCGUGCCAGGAGGAUCGAGGUGGACGUUCACGAUGUCCGCGCGGGGGAGCUGGUGUUGCACCGCGACCGGGUGGACAGACACUGUGAGGGCGUCCAGCAGGCCCUGAAUGAGCUUCGAACCCGAGUCCAGGACCUGCAGCUCCAGCAGCAGCGGCUGAGCGAGGAAUUCCGCACCCACAUACACAGCAUGGAGGACGUCUUCACCUCGGCCAAAAAGUCUGACGUGCUGGCCAAUCUGUGCGGCUCACUGCAGUCCCACCUGGAGAAGCACAUGGCCGUGGUCCAGAAAUCACAGAGAGGCUUCAGGCAGGAGAUGGAGUCCAGGCUGGGGGGCUUAAGGGAGGCCAACGCCCAGUUCAUCAAGUCCCUCCUGCUGUUUUCGGAAGGGGGAAACUUCACCCCCGAGGAGGUGGAGGCGUGUCAGAAGCGUCUGGAGAAGAUGGCAAAGCGCAUCGACUCCACAGAUGAGGCCAUCAUGCUCGACAUGGAAGGAACGGAGUCCAGGUGCCUGGAGCAGGCAAAAGAAGUGAUCAGCAUGUUUGAGGACAGGUUCCAGUUUUUGACUGCGGAUCUGAAGUUCCUGGAGAAGAUUCAAAGAGUCCUAACCAACACACAGGUCCAAAUUAAAUCAGAGGCAGCAAAGAGUAACACACAGAAGAGGAAUCUCGACAGCAUUGUGGUGCAGCUGGAGAGCGUGACUGAGGGAUUUGCAAAACCCAGUCCUGAGAAGAAGGGUGUGACACCAGAUGACGUAAACGCUCUGACCCGGUCGCUAAUGCAGGAGCUGAAGAAGAGGUGCCAGUACCUCAACUGCUCCUUGGUCCCCUCUGUGGCUGUAGCGGGGCCGGACUCCCCCCUCCAGGGGGCUUUCGCGGUGGCGGCACGCCCCAAAUCCCGCCGGCAGGACAAGCCCGGUAGCCCCGCCUCUGACAGCCUCCUGCAGCCCAGCCGCAUGGGCGUGCCCUUCAGCGAGGACACCGCCGUGAGCGUGGUGCAGGGGCUGCUCAGAAUCAGCAAGCCUAAAUCCAGUCAGGAGGUCCAGGUGGAGUCACCUGAUCGACGGCCAGCACCUGUAACAGCCAGGCUGACCCCCGCAGGGACACCAGGGCGGCGAGAGCGAGCAGGGGGAACUCCCAGCACCCCGGCACUCCACAGACAGCGCAGGAGGUCUGCCGAGUCCGUCAGCUCCCAGAGCAUGCACAGACUGUCCAGGCCGUCUCGCUCUGAUAAGAGGUUCCAGGUGUUCGGGGCCGAUCCUGAGGCACACACGACUUUCAAUGGUGCCAUCAACAGCAUUCUAUGGAAGGCCAACGAUCUUCUGCUCUCAUUGGCUGAGGAGUUCUACAAGAAGAAGGAGCGUCGGCCAAUCGCGCGGCCGCAGCACCUGCAGGAGACGUUUGAACAGUGUGCGGAGGAGCUGAACAAGAGACUGCUGCUGUACCAAAAGCAAGCGCAGGAGUACCACAACGGCAGCCUGCAAGACUUCAGGCAGCAGCUGAUCCGCACUGAGGAACGCCUGUCCCAGGUGCCCACGCUGCUGCUCUCUCACCUGGGCGAGAGACACCUGGAACGUCUGAGCCAGGACACCGGCCAGAUCCGCCAGAACAUGGAGCGCGUCCAGCAGGAGAGCGAGGACAGGAAGAAUAAGCACAGUGGGCAGUUGCGUGUGCGGCUUGGUCACCCUGCCUAUGAGGAGGAGCUGGAGAGCUUGCGUGUGGCUGAAGAGAGCAGACAGAGGGAGCUCACCACUGCCAUCCAGAGGACCAAGCUUGAACUGCAGGCUUGUGUGAGGUCACAUGGGGAGGAGUUUGUCGCUGCGCUCGCCUCAUUGACAGAGAACAUGCUCUUCCAGAUGGACAACCUGCUCACCAUCGACGAGGUGCAGGCAGGCCAAGCCGAAGCAAAGCAGGAGACUCUCACCACGCUGAUCCGGCAGAAAGGGGCUGGAGCUUCACUGGGGGAGAAACAGAGCGGCCCUCAGAUACAGAGAAGCAGCAGGACCUGGCCAGGGGUUCGUUACUUUGAGACUCAGGAGCAGCCACACAGGGAAACCGCGUCCAUCACCACGGCCAAAACCACCCAGGGUCACCUGAUUGCGGUGGAGAUGCGGGACACCAUGUACCAGCGCUACAGGCAGCGGUACGAGGAGGAGCUGUCCCGGGCGGAGGAGGACAGUGUGGCCCAGGAAAAGCUUGCCGCCCGCUGGGAACAGCACUGGAGAGACUCCAUGCAGACCCUCACUCAGCUGUACUCUGAGGAGUGACCCCGCGACCCUCAGGGCC